ACCCCCACACCACUAGGUAACGUCGUCACUGCUGUAUUCAGGUAAUGUUUCUUAUCUCACGUUUGAGAAUGUUGUCAGUUGGGGAUGUUGAGGAGGAGUAAAGAUGGCGGAGAAUAGCGGCACAGACCCCACGGUGGAUUCUAUCGUUGAUAAAAAUGAUACCACUGAAGGGACCAUGAUUGUGGUCACGGUAAAAACCCCUAAAGAUAAAGAGGAAAUAGCAAUCUCGGAGGAUUCGUCUGUCGCACAGUUCAAAGAAGAAAUAUCAAAGAGGUUUAAGGCCAAGCAGGAUCAACUAGUGCUGAUAUUUGCUGGUAAAAUCCUUAAGGAUGGAGAUACAUUGAACCAACAUGGCAUCAAAGAUGGACUCACUGUUCAUCUGGUCAUCAAGACCCCUCCAAAGUCCACAGGUGGUGGCACCUCCCAACCGUCUGGUUCCAGCUCUGGGACUCCUCAGACAAACAACAGCAAUGCCUCCCUCCCCAAUCCUGGACCAACAUCCAAUGCCAGUACGACGACAGGCACUGGACCUGCCCCAGCCCCAGCACAGCCUGCCAAUUUGCUCAGUGGGUUUGGUGACCUGUCCAGUCUUGGAGGCCUGGGCAUGGGUUCAGCCAAUUUCAUGGAGCUACAGCAGCAGAUGCAGACACAACUGAUGUCGAACCCGGAAAUGCUGUCCCAGAUCAUGGAGAACCCUCUGGUACAGAACAUGAUGUCCAACCCUGACCUGAUGAGGCAAAUGAUUGUCACCAACCCCCAGAUGCAGCAGCUGAUGGAACGCAAUCCAGAGAUCUCCCACAUGCUCAACAACCCAGAGCUCAUGAGACAGACCAUGGAGUUGGCAAGGAACCCGGCCAUGAUGCAAGAAAUGAUGCGUAACCAAGACAGGGCGCUUAGCAACCUAGAAAGCAUCCCAGGAGGUUACAACGCCCUCCGGAGGAUGUACACAGACAUCCAGGAGCCCAUGUUCAGCGCUGCUAGGGAGCAGUUUGGAAACAAUCCCUUCUCGGCUUUGGGGGGUAACUUGGAGAACUCAGGGGUGCAGCCCUCCAGAACAGAAAAUAGGGAGCCUUUACCUAACCCCUGGGGCCCCCCUGGAACAGGCUCAUCUGAGAGAGGGGGGACAGGAACUUUCACCACCUCCACUGGGGGUACUGCCCCCAGCGUCUCCAACCCCCUGGGCAUCAAUGCUGCAGGCCUGGGCAACGGUGUGUUUAGUAGCCCUGGUAUGCAGAGUGUGAUGCAGCAGAUCUCUGAGAACCCCCAGCUGAUGCAGAACAUGCUCUCUGCACCCUACAUGCGCAGUAUGAUGCAGUCACUGGCCCAGAACCCGGACCUCGCGUCACAGGCACUGAUGAACAACCCUCUAUUUGCUGGAAAUCCCCAGUUACAGGAGCAGAUGAGACAUCAGCUGCCUGUGUUUCUCCAGCAGAUGCAGAAUCCUGAGGCAAUGUCAGUUAUGACCAAUCCUCGAGCCAUGCAAGCUCUCAUGCAGAUCCAGCAAGGCUUACAGACCCUACAGACGGAAGCACCCGGACUCAUGCCAAGCAUAAUUCCUGGAGGGAUCCCAGUCAUUCCUCCAACCACGGGAGGAAGUGUGGCCCCAGAGAACCCCCCUCCUGCCCCAGCACCUGCCCCUGCCCCAGUACCAGGCCCAAACCCCACUGCUGCCACCAACCCCAACCAACAACAGCAGCAACUCAUGCAGCAGAUGUUACAAAUGUUUGCUGGUGGAGGCACAGCGACCCAGAGCCCAGAGGUACGGUUUCAGCAGCAGCUGGACCAACUCAGUGCAAUGGGUUUUAUCAACCGAGAGGCCAAUCUCCAGGCCCUCAUCGCAACAGGGGGAGACAUCAACGCCGCCAUUGAGAGACUGCUGGGUUCUCAGCCCUCCUAACUCCCCUAGCCCCCCUGAGCAAACCCAGUGGGUGGCAGACCAUGUCAUUUGGGGGAGUUAGGGAGGGGGUGGGUUGGGAGGUAGGGGAGCAAAGGCUGGUAGGGGUUGAGGGCUGGAAAGGGAGAUUCCAAAUGAACACAGUCCAUCACACCGUCUGCCAAGCCCUUCAGACAAUGGAGUUCAAAUUGCUAUUCAUCUCUGGCUGAUCUGUGAAUCAUAAGAAAGAUGAAUUGGAUGUGAGCUGUGGGUGGUGUGGGGGGGGGGGGGUUGUCAUAUUGUAGAGUGAGUGCUGGUUUCAGUUGCUAGUGAAAAUGUCCCCACCCCAGCGCCUGUGGAAUGAUGACAGCUCAGUGAAAAGACGCCACAUCUAACACCACAACCGCUGCCACUUCCAUUACUGAUAUACCCGGAGAUUCUUUCUGAAAUGACAGUUGCUCAUUCACUGGACAUGCAUGAGGUUACCCAAAUAGCCCUUAAUGGAUUGUGUGUAGUUGGUAAUGUGGGACUUGGAAGUGUGGGAGCUUGUCGGUCAUACAACCAAUCACUAUUCUUUGUUCUGUCAUAAGACCCUGCUUGUUUUGACUUCAUUUCUCUCUAUCCUUAAUUAUGCCUGAUCAACUACUAUUUAUUGCAAGACCUGUAGAAAUUACUCUCCUUCCUUGCAGCUCUCCAUCAACUACAUUUUCCACUGUUGAUGUUUUCAAAAACCGGACUGAGUACACAAGGCUACUGGAACCUGACCACCAUAAUGGCGCUGCCUCGGAUAUUUGCUUACAUAUUCCGCUUGUUUUUGAUAAAGGAGGGGUUUCAGAAUACAACAAUAUCCAGUCUACUGAUGGCAAUUCUAUAUCAAAUUGAUGUUAUAUUGAGUUUAGUCUAAAUGUUCCUAUUGUUUAAGCUCUGAUUAUGGGUUAUGAGAUGUCAUAAAAUGUUUUAAAGCUCAUAAAUGAUAAGCAGACACCUUUUACAUUAACCAUAUUGUGUAUUUUCAUACAAGCAGUGGUGUAGUGCCUAAGAAAUAACUUAUGUAUUGGGUUCAGCAAUAUAUAUAUAUUAAAAAAAACUUGUGAAAUAUAUAGCAAUGAUAAGUGUACUAAUGACAUUAAUUGUUUUUGUUCAACCCAUGGAUUAUUUGUAGUAUCUAAAGUUAAAUGAAAAUCUGUUCAGCUCUGCCUUUCUCCUGGACUCCAUCCAAUCUGCAAUCUUCUAAUAAUACAUUUCGAUAAACUUUAUCAAGUCUG